AUGCCUGUUUUAUUCUGUCCCGUGUGUGACUCGCUUUUGUCGAUUGAACAGUCUUCUAGUUGCUAUGCCUUAAGUUGUACGGAACCUAGUUGCGCUUAUCAAUGGUUUGUAAAUGGUGUUAUAUCUCAGGAUCACAUUCCUCACGCAGAUCUGAGGCUACGCCUUGAGGAGGAUGCCAUUUUUUCCACCGACGAUGCCUACAGCAAUGCUGCGACAAUUGAAGAAACGUGCCCCAAAUGUGGGAACAAAAAGGCAUAUUUCAUUGAAAUGCAGACUCGUUCCGCAGAUGAACCCAGCACCGUUAAGUAUUCCUGUACACAAUGUCACCAUAUUUGGAUUGAAAAUUGA